AUGCACCCAUUCUACUUCUACUUCUCAACUCUCAAUCGAAGGGAUUAUCCCGACCUCACCAAGGAUGAGCACGACCUUUGGAGACCCGGCCUCGUUCUUGCCAAGCAUUAUGGCAUCAGUGGGAUUCGUGUUGUUGUGCCGAUGAGCGGUACAAUAUCGCUGGUCUAUUUUUACCUUUACCAUAUUCGGCGCCUGCCACUGGUGAGGCGUCCACUAGCGAGGCUGGGGGACUAUUUUUACCCCAGUGUGGCCUACAGCACCCCACUCGGGCUGCUGGGGGGGCUCGUGUACGGGGCAAUGCGAGAGAACCCCGGGCUACAGGACGACGCCGUGGCGCGUACGCUGCGGGAGGAGCGCCAUGCCGUUGAGGCAUCCCUGCGGUAUUACGAGACCCGGCGGUCACGUGCGGCGGCGCGGGUGGGGGUAUCCCUGCCGUGGUUUGUGCGGCUUCUGGGUUUCCUUCGUCUUACGAGGGACCCCGUGGACGCGCGGCUGCGGCGAAUGGGCCUGCCGAGAAAGGUCUGGCAGGAUUUGGUUGAACCGAACAGUCUGCUAUGGGUUUCCAUACACUAUAGUAAGGUAGAUGAUGCGCGGUGGUAUCGUCCCUUAGCGCCGGCUGACGACCCGUGUGGUGAAUCGAAGAUGGUGGUAUCGCUCCAACAGGGCCAUCCGAACAACGGGGCGAUAUCUUUCUCAGAUCAGGUAGUUCUUGACAAGAUCGAUCACAAUGCUCAGAGUUCAGAGUACUCUUUUAUCGCUUCAGUUUCAUCUCCACCAGCCAAUCCCUAUUUUAGCAAACCGCAAACAGACGCUCUGGUUAGCAGGGUGAUGCAGUUACAGGGCUCUCCGGAGGAGGUCCGAUGGACCCGUACCAGUGGUCGUUUCUCGUUUUAUGGCAUGAUAGCAAUGCUUGUUCUGUUAAAGAAUGGGAACAUGCUGUACCGUACGAGUAUAGGCUUAGGCUUUGGAAUGGUCCUAGGGACUGCGAUUUCGGCUACGCGAUUAGACGAUGUAUUUACACAUUUGCGAUGA